AUGUGUAUUUCCUCCCUGAGACGCUUUCCAUUUUUCUCCCCGGUCCAGACGUUCAGGCGAGAAGGCAACGACCUGUUCAUGAACCACAAGAUCGGCCUGGUGGAGGCGCUGUGCGGCUUCCAGUUCAUGCUGAAGCAUCUAGACGGCAGACAGAUCGUGGUCAAGUACCCCGCCGGGAAGGUCAUCGAGCCAGACUCGGUGAGGGUGGUGCGAGGGGAGGGCAUGCCUCAGUACCGGAACCCCUUUGAGAAGGGAGACUUGUACGUGAAGUUCGACGUGCAGUUCCCCAGCAACAACUGGAUCAGUCCAGAGAAACUGACGGAGCUGGAGGACAUGCUGCCAUCACGGUCGGAGGCGCCCAUCAUCACGGGCGACACGGAGGAGGUGGACCUGCAGGACUACGACGUCAGCCAGGGCUCCUCGUCGGGCGGCCGCAGGGAAGCCUACAACGACAGCUCCGACGAGGAGGGCGGCCCCCACGGCCCCGGGGUCCAGUGCGCCCACCAGUAGGGGGGGUGAAGGAGGGCGUGGCACGGAGCGACGUCGUGAGGGCUUGCAUCACAUCUAGAGACUUGAUCAGGUAUUUAAAGAGGCGGCUGCACUGAUCCAGUGCCCCCCCCACUUCUACAGUAUGUCCUCUAGGGGGGGCCACUGGAUCCUCCGCACAGAAGAAUGUCUCCUUUCUUCAUUUUUGUUUUUCCAUAGAAUAUACAAUAAUUUAAACCUUUUCAUCCACAAGGCGCCAGUCAUGAGUCAUUUUUUUAUAACUUGAUUAUCUGUCUAGGUUUUUACUUUAAACCCCCCCCACCCCCCCACCCCCGCUUUACGUUUUUAGACCCUGACACCACACCUUCAUCGUGUGCUUCUUUCUCCACCACUUGCUUUGGCGCCUGUAUUCCAAGUGGUGUGGUUUUUAAAAACAAAAACGCCUACAUUUAAAAAAAAUAUAUAAAUAAAAAAAAAGGUAAAAUACAAACUGGCCUGCAUCUGUGCUGAGACCGUGUGCAUGUCAAAUAAAUAAAGAGCUUUGGUUCCUGCACUUGUACAGCAGACUCGUGAAGACGCGCCUCAAAGUGUUGAAAUUGUUGAAUAAAUGUUUGAAGCAGUCA